AUGGAUCAAAACUUCGACAAUGAAGAUCUUCAUUUUCCAUCAGAACACGUUUUGCCAUUAACAACUACGUCAUAUACAAAUAAUACGUUUCCCCGUCUUCAUAAUCGUAGUCGUUCUAUAAAAUCCCGAAAAAAUAAUUCGUCUUAUACUCAAAAUGAAGAUUUACGUGACACUAAUUUUAUUAAAUUGAAAGUGCCACCGAUAGAUCAAGUAUUAUGUAAGCAAGAGAAAUCGAAAGAAAUAGUAAAUGGUAUCCGAAAAAUAUACGAUGGACAACAAUAUCCACGUAUUUGUGCCGAUGCAAAUUGUACAGUAAUUCUUCAAGAUAAUUCUGAACAUCAAAAUGGUUUAUGUCCAGAUCAUUAUCAUGAAUCCUGUUCUAAAACGUUAUCUGUAGCAUUGUCUUCGUCGCGUAAACGUCGCCGUUAUAAUUCUCCAUCGUCUAGUCGCCCAUCACAAGUGCCUAUGACUCCUAACAUGCAUAUGCCUACAUUAAAGAACAAUCAUCGUCUUUCAAUAGCGUCUAUUCCUCUAUCUGUUGACAUUAACAAUCCGAAGAAAGGCGACAUUAUCGAAAUGGAGAAUGGUUCACGAAAAAAAUUUGAUGGUGUUGUUUGGCGUAAAAUUUGUUCACUACCUGAUUGUAUAAUAGCUGCACAACGUGAUGAACUAUGUCGAAAACAUUAUAUUAAACUUCAUGGAAAACCAAAUAAUGGAUCGAUCAAUGAUAGUAUUGAAUCGGCGAACAUCGUUAUACCUCAAUCAAAAAGUAUUUCAUCAAUAUCAACAUCAUCCAUGGACGAAAAAUCAGAAUCUCGAACUUUGAAAAAACUCAAAGAUGAAUCUAUGGAUUAUGAUGAACAACAAGACUUAAUCAACGACAAUACAUCAAAUAGUUAUCAUGCAUCAGAUGAUGAGACUCAAAUUAAUCAAGAAAAUUCUUCUAUUAUGCAUGAAGAUAAUUUCGAUGGUCAAAUUGAUCGUACACUUAUCGAUGCACUUUCUGCUUGUCGACAAAAAUUUCUCACAAAUUAUUUAAAAAAAUGGUUACAAGAAAACCGUAAUCAUCCUUAUCCCAGUAAUCAAGAAAAAAUUGACUUAGCUAAACAAUCAUCUAUAACAUAUGAUCAAGUAACAACAUGGUUUAAUAAUGCACGUGCAAUUCUUCGACGACGUCAAACUAAACAACAAAAUUCAUCGAAUAAUGGUGCUGAUGAUUCAUCAGAUGAAAAUAACGAUGGUUUAGAUUCUUAUCACAAUAUAUCUUCCCGGAGUAAAAACAGAAAAUUUUGUUAUAUAUGCAAAGGAAAUAUAAAUUCAAUUUUAGUUCAACGAUCAUUAUCAUUAUUUAAUGGUGUAUGUUGUCGUUCAAUCGGUAUACAAUGUAAUACGUCAACAGUAAAUCAAACAACAUCGACAUCAACUGAUGUACCUAUGAUGACUGACGACGAAUUAUUAUCUGAUCGUACGGUUCGAAUUAUAUGCCCAUCGAACUAUGUAUUGAAAACAAGUAAUAGUAUGAAACGUGAUGCUAGUCAAGAAUUUCUAAUUAAUGAUAUUAAACAUGAAGAUAAUGAUGAAGGCUUCAGACAAAAUACAGAAAUCAUUAUUACAAGUACUUGCCUGGAUGAUGAUCAAAUGAUACGUUUGAAGAAAUUUUGUUCUCGAUUUAACAUUAAAUUAUCAAAUGUUAUUGAUGAAUAUACAACACAUUUAAUAACUGCCGAAGAAGAUGAAACACUGGUGUGUCCAUUAUCAAAAAAAGUGAUUCAAGCUGUUGCUCGUCAUAUGUAUAUUCUAACUUAUCGUUGGAUCGAUACUUGUCUAACGAUGAAUAAAAUUAUUAAUGAAAAAAUAUUUGAAAUUCAAGGUGAUUCAACCUUGUCAUCGAAUCAUAAUGGCAUGCAACGAAGUCGUCAAAGUAACUUAGCACAUAAUCUACCAACAAGUUUAUUAUUUGAAAAGUUUUCUAUUAUGUUAAAAUGUGAUGGCUGUCAAAAACUGAUGAAUAAUAAUGAAUUAAUUGAAUUAGUGAAAUUAUCCGGAGCUAAACAUACUAUCGAAUCAUAUUUUUCACGUUUACAAACUGAUUUAACACGUAUUGUUCUAUGUGAAAAAGAAUAUUUAGUUCAACGAAAAGAAAUAUAUGAAAAAUGUAUUCAUAUUGGCAUUCAUUUUCUUUCACCUGAAUGGUUUCUCGAAUCACUUGUUCAAUAUCGUAUUCAACCAUUUGAAGAUUAUCAGAUAUUACCUUAA